AUGGCGUAUGAUUCCUUCUGGCACAAUCCCCAGUACCGAAUAACCCUAACCGAAAUCGACGAGGGUGACGAGGAAGGCAACUGCACCCUAAUUGUUGGUCUGAUGCAAAAGAACCGUCGCCAAAUACGCAGCACCGGUGCCGAUUUACUAACAGUAGGAUUCGCCAUUUAUCACUUGCCAUAUCCAGACAGAGUCCCUAAACCUUUGGAUUUACAAUUUUUCAAAUACAACGCCUCGGUGGCUCGUUCGCCUUCGUUUAUAAACCUUCGCGAAGUUUCGUGCAGGUUCAAGCUACCGCCCGGUACUUAUUGCAUAGUACCGUCCACUUUUGACCCGAACGAAGAAGGCGAAUUCUUGCUGAGGGUCUUUUCCGAGAACCAGAACAAUAUGGAGUACGCUUCCGGUUCUAGUAGUACCAAUUACAGACAGGCUAGGGAGGUGGAUGAUGAGGACGAUGUUCCUAGUUAUCGUCCACCUCCUACGCCUCAGGAGGAUAAUGCUUAUGGUUAUCCUUCUUAUCCGCAACCAAGUUAUCCGCAACCAAGUUAUCCACCACAACCAAGUGGAUAUCCUGGUGGAUAUCAGCAACCAGGUUAUCCCUCUUAUCCACAACCAGGUGGUUAUUCGAAUCCUCAAUAUCCAGGUUAUCCUCCUCCUCAACCGCCGCGAAACAAAGGAGAUCCCAUUAUGAAUUUUUUCAAUAAGGAAAACGACCAUCAAAUCGGCUACGGACAAUUGGACGAUAAAAUUGCCCAAAAAGAAUUGAGCCGCGAGGAAAUUCUGGAAACCGACGAGGUUUACAAGAUUUUCCUUAAAUUGGCCGGCGAAGAUCGGGAAGUUGAUUGGCAAGAGUUGAAAGACAUUUUGGAUUAUUCUAUGAAAGAUGGUAAGUUACUUUGGGACAUUAAUGUUUGCUUUAAAUUAAUUGAUGUUUUGUUAAUUAGAUCAAAAGACAGUUCCUUUAUCGAUGGGUAA